AUGGAGUCGGAGGGAAUAGAGCACCGAACGGUCCAUGUGAACGGCAUCAACAUGCACGUCGCCGAGAAAGGGAAUGGCCCACUCAUCCUCUUCAUCCACGGCUUUCCCGAUCUCUGGUACUGCUGGCGCCACCAAAUCCUCACCAUCUCCGCCCUCGGCUACCGCACCGUCGCCCCCGACCUCCGAGGGUAUGGCGACACCGACGCCCCUGUCUCCCCCACCAGCUACCCCUGCUUCCACAUGGUUGGAGACCUCGUGGCGCUCUUGGAUGCCAUCGCACCCGAUCAGGAGCAGGUGUUCGUGGUAGCCCACGACUGGGGCGUCUUCAUCGCUUGGUACCUCUGCCUGUUCCGGCCCGACCGGGUCAAAGCCUUGGUCAGCUUGAGCAUGCAAUUUCGGCCGCGAAACCCUCAGAGGAAGUUCAUCGAAAUGGUUCAAGCUGCUUGUGGCGAUGACUAUUACAUGUGCAAAUUUCAGGUUGGUACUUUUUAUUUAUUAUUAUUAUUUUUGUAAUUUUUUAGCCGCACAAAAUUCCAUACUAUUGGAAAUCAAUUUAUCUUUUUCUAAAGACAAAUAUAAAAAUAAAAAGAAAUUAAAGAAAAACAAAAGCUCCACCCACCCGAUAGCCACCCACCAAACCACAUACAACCUCGUCGGCAGCCAUUUCCUUGCCAUUUCUGCUAUUAAAUCCCAGUCGGAAGAACAUAAAUCAACCACGCAAUCCAAAUUCUUUGGUUUUUAAGGAAUUGUGGCUAUCCCCAAAUUCCAGAAAGAACCCAUAAAACCCUAGGAAAAAAAAAAUUGUGGCUAUCCUCAAAUCCCAGAAGAAAAAAAAAAUUGUGGCUGUCCUCAAAUUCCAAAAUACCCAGAAAUUUUUUGGUGGGCUAGAUCGAUCAGAUAAGGUUUUUGGUAACAACGUUGCUGGUUAUGUCUAUGGAGAUAUGAGUUAGAUGACCUUAAUUAUUGGCCUUCACACUUCUCUGAUUUGGAGAGAGAGGAAGAGACAGAAAGGGCGAAGAGAUAACCUUCGCCGCCGAUGGGGAGCUUUGCGAUGACGGGUGGGACUUGUUGGGGUAGAUGGUUGUCGGAUAGUUUGGGGAAUGCUGUUGUUUUUCUUAAGUUUUUAGUUUUAUUUUUCAAGUUAAGGUUGUUAAAUUGGUGUUAAGUUGAAAAAUUAUUGUUAAGUUGAAGCGCCAAGGUCAUGAAGUUAGAAAGGAGACAUACUGGAGACACUAGU